AUGGAGGCUAUGGGAGCUGAGGGACAAUGGACCUCUCUUAGUGGGAUUUACACCGCUGAGGAGGCAGAUUUCAUGGCCUCAUUGCUUAAUAACUCCGUUCUUUAUUAUAACAACCAGCUUCUUUCAGGCAUGGGAACUAAUUUGCCAAGCUUUUGGCCUGGCCACGAAUCGACGGCGAACAUGGCGGGCAACUAUGGAGCUUCACAUUGCUCUUUAGAACUUUCUAACUCUAGUUUUUCCAGUUUCUCACGAGGGAAUAGUAGUGCUACCAGCGGAGACAAUAGUAGUGUUUUUCCCACUUCAAGCAAUGAACACUACUGCUUAAGUACUGACGAUCAUUCUCACAAAAACCCUUCCACCAACAAUUGCUCUAUGCCCUUUGAUUUUGGCGUGGGGGAUUUGAAGACCACCACUUCCUAUCUCGUUGAAGGAGAUCGCGAGGAUCGUGUAAAUGGCGACGAAAUUGGCGAUGGAAGUGAAGAUGUUGCACCAGAAAAGAGCACCCCGUCUGAUGAGAAUUCUGAGAAAAGGCCUCGGUGUUCAGAAAAUGUGGAAGUAGGGAAGAGGCACGCAAAGUCGAAGAAGAAACAGAAAUUAGCAUCGAUAAUCAACAUCGAUGGCAAUGCCGGUGUAAAUAAUGGACAGAGCUCUAGUAGUUGCUGCUCAGGAGAUGAGUCCAUCAAUGGUGGUCAAGAGAUGAGUGGAGGGGACACAUCAAGUUUGAGUCCCAAAGGGCCUGCAGCUCUCUAUUCGGACGGCAAAGCGAGAGCUAGGAGAGGCUCAGCCACCGAUCCUCAGAGCCUUUACGCAAGGAAAAGAAGGGAGAGAAUCAAUGAGAGGCUAAGAAUUCUGCAGAACCUCAUACCUAAUGGAACAAAGGUGGAUAUUAGCACAAUGCUUGAGGAAGCUGUCCAGUAUGUGCAGUUCUUACAACUCCAAAUUAAGCUGUUGAGCUCUGAUGAACUGUGGAUGUACGCUCCAAUAGCUUAUAAUGGAAAAGACAUUGGACUUGAUCAUUCGAAGCUUGCCUUGGCGGCAAAGCAAUCAUAA